GCUGCGUCCCCCACGGGCCUCGCGCUCCUCCCCCGCCAUGCCUCUCACUGAUCCCUGGAUCCCCACCCCGAGGACGCCGUCCUGGGACUACUCGGGGUCCGGCGACCUGGAGGACCUGGAGCCGUGCCGGGUCCGGGACCUGCCCUACAGCUACGCCUACGUGCCGGUGCUCUACCUGGCGGCCUUCGUGGUGGGCCUGCUGGGCAACUCCUUCGUGGUGUGGCUGCUGGCUGGGCGGCGCGGCCCGCGGCGGCUCGUGGACACCUUCGUGCUGCACCUGGCCGCCGCCGACCUGGGCCUCGUGCUCACGCUGCCGCUGUGGGCCGUGGCGACGGCGCGCGGCGGCCGCUGGCCCUUCGGCGAGGGCCUGUGCAAGCUCAGCGGCUUCGCGCUGGCCGGCACGCGCUGCGCAGGCGCGCUGCUGCUGGCCGGGCUCAGCGUGGACCGCUACCUGGCGGUGGUGAAGCUGCUCGACGCGCGGCCGCUGCGCACCCCGCGAUGCGCGCUGGCCGCCUGCUGCGGCGUCUGGGCCACGGCGCUCCUGGCCGGCCUGCCCUCCCUGGCCUACCGGGAGCUGCAGCCCCUCCCCGGCGGCCGGGGCAGCCAGUGCGGGGAGGAGCCCUCCGACGCCUUCCAGGCGCUGAGCCUGCUGCUGCUGCUGCUCACCUGCGCGCUGCCCCUGGGCGUCAGCCUGGUCUGCUACUGCCUCAUCUCGCGCCGCCUGCGCCGGCCGCCGCACCUGGGCCGGGCCCGGAGGAACUCGCUGCGCAUCAUCUUCGCCGUCGAGGGCGCGUUCGUGGGCUCCUGGCUGCCCUUCGGCGCCCUGCGGGCCGUCUUCCACCUGGCGCGGCUGGGGGCGCUGCCGCUGCCCUGCGGCCUGCUGCUGGCGCUGCGCUGGGGCCUCAGCAUCGCCACCUGCCUGGCCUUCGUCAACAGCUGCGCCAACCCGCUCAUCUACCUGCUGCUGGACCGCUCGUUCCGCGCCCGGGCCUGGCGCGGGGUCUGCGGGCGCCCCGACCGCCCCGACCGCCCGGCGCGCGGGGGCAGCUCGGCGUCCUCGCUCUCCAGGGACGACAGCUCCGUGUUCCGGAGCCCCGCCGGCAGCUGGGAGCGAGCGCGGACGGCUAGCGCUGGCCCGGCCCUGCCCUAGCUUGUCCCCCGCCUGGCGGAGGUGGCGGCCCCGGAGCCCGCAGGGGAGGGAGGCUCGGGGGACCGAGGGGGAGAGACUCCCCAGACUUGCCUUCUCUGCUGCCGGCAGCGCGCUCGGGCCGGCACUGCCUGGACUCCCGGGGCCGCCUCCAUCAGCUUUCUCAGGACCUCAGCGCUUUUGGAACUCCCGCCCCCAAACCAGCCUGCUGAGAGCAGCCGUUCUCUCAGCCCAGUGGGCAAUGGGGCUGAUUUUUUCAGUCCAAUAAAGGUCUAAGGAGAUAAAGCAGGCAGCAGUCUGGACACCCACAGGUUCACCAAGUAGAAGGAAGGGAAAUGGUUUCCUUCUCUGCCCCAUUGGGAAUGGCGCUGGUCAGAAUACCAAACACAGCCCACCACCCCCCAAAAGCUAUGCUAUCUCCGGCUGUGCUUUCUCUGAACCCCUACAAUAGCCACUGCCUUCUGAGAAAUAUCUUAUGGAAGUCAGACCCUCUGGCCCUCUCACUCUCCAAAAAAUUCUAUAGAAUAUGGGAAUUGACAGCCCUUUUGCCUUUAGUCAUCUUUGUAGCUGUCUAUGCUGUAUCAUUAAUCACUAUCCGUUCAGGUUUGCAUUUUCAAAGCUCACCAAAGCUGUGGGGACUAGCUUCAGUGUGCACUGUCCACUUAAUUCCUCCUGACAAUUUCCCCGAAAGUGCUAGGCCUAUCCUAGUUUUGUAUCCUCUCCCCAUCCCCAUGAAGCAGAUGGACCUACCCUGGAAAUUAUCUUGGCCCUUCCCUCUGGACAGAAGAUUUUGAAAUCUUUCACCAGACAUUCAAAUUCUCUGUCACUCAGCCGGGGACACCAGAAUCGUCCAUGUCAGGUACCGUUCUCAAUAAAAACUUGCUAGCCUGAGCUUGACAAUCAUGUCUUUCUUUACUUGAGCAGUGGGAGUGAAAUGAAUGUGG